UGAGCUCCUAUUUACCUGCCGGAGGUAUACAGACACUCACACGGACCUAGACCGAGACACAGAGUGAGACAGUCACUGUCACUGACAAGGGGGACGGGAGAUUGGAGCCUGGCCAAGAUUGGGGGGAGUUAGAUAAGGUUUUGUGUGUUCCCACAGAAAGGCGAUGAUCUUCGCUGAGGUGGGAGCUCGUAGACCUCUCUAAGACAGUGCAGUCAGCCCGCUGUGUGUGUUUGCCAAGUCAGUGAGAGGAAUGGGUGAGUCUGCUCCGCCGAGCUGGUGGAAAUUUACUUUCCUGCGCAAGAAGAAGAACAGCGCGAAGGUUCUGUACGAGGUCCCGGGGGAGAGGAGCAACCCCGACAGUAAGGAGGGCGGCGGCAGCCCCGAGAACGGGGAGGACUCGGAGCUGGAAGCGCGUCUGGAGAAAAUCGUGGACAAAAGCACUAAAGGCAGACACGUGAGAGUGUCCAACUCUGGCAGGUUCAAGGAGAAAAAGAAAGUACGGACCAGUCUGUCAGAAAGCCCCGGCUUCUACAACGAUUCAGGCAACGGCGAGGGAGCGCAGUCCUGAACCUCCCACCGGGACCGAUGACCCCCUUCCCGGGGAGGGCUAUAGCCCCGGGACCGUGUAGAAACCAGAGGCUUCUCCUGCACAGAAUGAAAUAAAUCGUCCGUCAGUAACCACGGCCGGGUCAAGCCGGACCUUCCGUUUAAAGGGUUAAUACCUGCGACCUGUCUAAGGGGUAAAUACCGGCAAUCUCCUCGCUCACUCCCCCACGCACUUUAAAGAUGAACAGGCUUGGAAUCCUUUCCAACUUCAGAAGCAUCAUCGUUUUUGCUCUGAACAGUUUACCUGGAAGAGAGGAGGUUGUGGGUUUUCAGUUUGGUUCUUGGAGUCAGUUAUUUGAACUAAGACUCAUCUUCGUGGGAUGAAUAUUCCACUCGGGGUUCUUGGAGUGUGGAAACCAGUUGGAGAAAAUGGCUGGGGGUUGAUGGGGCUCAAGGACAGGAGGACACUCCAUCCCACUGGGGUGGGAAGGUUGUAACUGAAUGUUUCAACCAUUGUACUGUAUUGUGUGUGCGUGAGAGUUCCCCGUUUCUUUUUGAGACAAUAUAAAGGAGGACGAUGGGGCUGAAUCACAGUAAAAAGGAAUUAGGAGAAGCCUUACAUGUGCAAAAAAAAACGACACUGGAUUGUAUUUGGUCACCAGUGAAUGCUCGAUAAACUGGCUCCCACUUUAGUGUGGAAGCCGAUGAGUGUAAAGUGUAACCAGAGGAUUUCAAGGAGAAUUCAGUGGCAGAGUAUAAUUGGGGGGGGGGGGGGGGGGGGAAGGUUCAGAAACGCCUUUUUCAAAGCUGAUUUUUUUAAAAAUGACCUAACUCGACUAUGAUUGUGUCAGCUUUUGUUUAACACUCGUGUGAUAUGCCUCGAGGCAAGCUAUUAUGUUAAAAGUGCUAUCUAAAUGCAAGUUAUUAUUCAGUCAUAGACUGCUGGCCUUGUGGGAUCUAACAGAAAUUCAUAGGUUUGCGUGUUUGUAGGUGAGAGAGAGUAAGUAUUCAAUCAUGACCUGAGUGGUGAAGGAGACUGAUGGGCUGAAUGGCCUACUGCCCGCAGUUCCGCUUCCCACCGCCCCCCCGCCCCCGGCUCCCCAACACACACACUGUAGGGAUUUUACGGCUAAUACAACCACGUCAUCUAGGAAGUUCCAAAUGGUUUAGAAACAGAUUUUAAUAAAUAAAUAGCAAAAUACUGGGUGCGAGAAAUCGAUGAUAAAAACAAAGUGCUGGAGAAACCGAGCAGCUCUGGCAGAAUCUAUGGAGAUAGGGAACUGUUAACGUUUUGAGUCUGGUAUGAUUCUUCAGAACUAGAAAGUUUUAUAAAAAAAACAUUCCUGGGUCUGCCUGAACACUAAAUGAUGUCAAGAUUGGACAGAUUAUCGGAAUAAAAUGCACAAGAAAACUGACCAGGUUUAGACAUUUUGGCAACAGAACUGGAGCAGGUCUGACUCAGACGGUUCAGUUAAUAUCCACAUUUACCUCGACUACAUGCAAGGUGUUUCCUACUAUAAAUAUUGCAUGUUGUUCAUAACGUGUUACAAUAACCACACCUGGGUCUCGUCAACAAGUACGGUUGGGCAACACUGGGUUGGCAGAUCGGCUCAGAACGCAGCAGCUUAGUCAAGCUGUUUCUUCCGCCUCCUAGCCCCGGCCGUGACCAUUUAACACUUCACCUGUGUAGUCUCGAAGAGACACACUUCCCAUAAUUUUGUGAAAACUAACAUCCGACAUAUACGCAAAAUUGUGAGGAAACACAUUUACUUUAUAAAUUAAAAUGAAAAUUCCGAGAUGGAAGUGUCAGUUUGUGACUCAGGCGAACAUCUCGAAAGGAGGCUCAAUAUUGGAAUCCUACCUUAAGUCAGAUGGUAUCAUUGCAUUUCACAGAGUUGAUCUUUCUCUACUGCUACCUGAGUGCAAAGGCCAGCCAAGGGCAAUAGACAGUUCUGUAUUUUGGGUGCAAUAGCAAUAGGGUAAACUUGCAUCUAUAUAGCACCUUUCAUGACCGUGGGACCAAAAUGUUUUAUAGGCAAAAAUGUUCAAAAUGUUUUUGAGGUUCCUCUUCAUUUAUUUAUGUUUUGAAUUGACUAUUAAAGUGAUAAUGGUUUAAUGGUCGCA